AUGCCGGACCAGAAAAUCCCCGUAUCAGAAGUCCUUGCCCAUUCGUCACCGAGUGACGCUUGGCUGGUGAUCAAUGGCGUGGUGUGGGAUGUGACAGAAUUUGCCCCAGACCACCCAGGCGGCAUAGAUAUUAUAGUCGAAUAUCUCGGGCGAGAUGCGACAAAGGCGUACAACGAAGUACAUGGCCCGAGCCUUGUCUCGAAACAUCUGGAAUCCUCUAAACGAAUAGGCACACUGGAUGAAGAGACCGUCACCGAGGAAUGGCGUUCUAAGCUGGAAGGUGCGGACGAGGUCGAGGGAAGCGCGCCGGUUGACGAGGGACCUCCGGAUCUUGAUUCGAUACUUAAUAUGUAUGAUUUUGAGGCCGCGGCGAAGAAGAUCGUAUCGGCCAAAACAUGGGCUUACUACUCCGGUGCUGCAAAUGACUGCCUCUCCCUACAAGCAAACAUCGACUGGUACCGCAAGAUCUGGUUUCGACCGCGUGUCCUGACCGGCGUUGGAAGCGUCGACACAAGUGUCUCGAUCCUCGGACACAAGUAUUCGAUGCCAAUCUUCUCUUCGCCAGCAGCACUGGCGAAACUAUCCCAUCCAGAUGGUGAGUUGGCGAUGGCGAGAGGUGCCGCUGCGAAAGGAACAACGAUCUGCGUUUGUAACGGCGCAAGCUAUUCCUUGGCAGAAAUCACAGAUGUCAUCCCCGAGAACUAUCCCAAAUUCUACCAACUGUAUUUCAACAAGGACCGACGAAGUACGCAGAAACUGAUGCGUGAGGUCGUGUCCCUCCGACCACGAGCCAUUAUGGCAACGGUCGAUCUACCUGUGGUGGGAAAGCGUGAGGCGGACGAGAGGAUCAAGAUCGAAGCCACCUACAAACCCACUAGAAACGCACAGGUACAGGCGCUACCCAGAGACAACAAGGGCGCAGGUCUUGCACGUGCGACGGGUAGCUUCAUCGACCCUGACGUCACGUGGAAGGAUAUCAAAUGGCUCAUUGAACUCUCCGACAUCCCAGUCUUCGUGAAGGGCAUCCAAUGUGCACAGGAUGCUCGACGGGCGCUUGACAUCGGAUGCAAAGGCAUUUAUAUCUCUAAUCACGGGGGCAGAGCGGUCGACACGGCACCUCCAUCGAUUUUGACCUUGCUUGAGAUCCAAGCCAAUUGUCCCGAAGUGCUAGAGCAGAUGGAAGUCUUUAUUGAUGGCGGCAUUCGCCGUGGCACCGAUGUGCUCAAGGCCAUUUGUCUCGGGGCGAGCGCGGUCUGCUUAGGCCGACCAUUCAUGUACGCCGUCACCUAUGGCCAAGCUGGGAUGGAACGGGCAUUGGAGAUCUUGCAGGACGAACUUGAGACCGCCAUGCAAAUGGUGGGAAUUACGCGGUUGGAUCAGGCUCAUCCUGGUCUCCUGAACACAGCUGACAUUGAUCGAUACGUCAUCCGAGGCGACACCCACCCAUGGGCGAAGAAAGUCGUAAGAAGAGUGAAGUUGUAA